GAUCGGCACUGGCUUGACUAUGCUGUUCGGCUCGAUCUUCACCUCCAUAGUUACCAACGACAUCUCCGACAUCCGUCGCGUACGCAGGCAACAAAGAGAAGCGGAAUACCAGGUCUCAGACUACCUGAUGAUGUAUCCCGUGUCUUGGGACCUGCAGAUACAACUCAGGGAAUAUUUGCAGCGGAACAAGUCAAGGAUCCAGCGGCCGUCGAAGCGGGAGAUGAGAAACGUCCUGCCACAGUUCCUGUAUCGCGAGCUGUGCCGGGAAGCCCUCAGCCCUGUGUUCGCAGCUCACCGGUUCCUCGAUGACUUGCUUCGAAA